AUGAACUCAACGCCGUCUUCAGCAAGAUCGCUUCCGUUGUUCUCGCUGACCAUAGCGCCAACGGUGGACCAAAGAUCACGUCCAUCAAUGGUGUCUGGAUCGAAGCAAACACUGCCCAUUGAUUCAUCGUUCAAGGAUCCUCUUGAGAAUGCAGAAAAAGUGCGUAUUAGAUCUGAAAAAUGGGCUGAGGAUAUAACCAAUGGUCUCAUCAAAGCUCUUCCUCCUGGAUCCGUCACGAGUCUAACCGGCUGCGCUUUUGGAAACGCACUCUACUUCAAAGGAGCAUGGGAAGUUCCAUUCGACAAGUCUUACACCAAAGACAAAGAGUUCCACCUUCUCAGUGGAACCUCAGUGUCCGUGCCAUUCAUGAGCAGCUACGAGAACCAAUAUAUAAAUGUUUAUGAUGGUUUCAAGGUCCUCAGGUUACCUUAUCGACAACGCAAUGAUGCGACCAAUUAUUCCAGCUUUCCUUAUCGUCAAGGUGGUUAUAGUACCAAUGGCAGCUUCUCGAUGUACUUUUAUCUCCCAGACAAUGAUGGAUUGGAUGAUCUUGUCAAGGCAAUGGCAUCUACUUCUGGAUUUUUAGAUUGUCACGUUCCAAGAUGCAUUUUAGUUAAUGAAUUCAGAAUCCCAAAGUUUAAGAUUACUUAUGGCUUAGACGGCCAAGACUUGGGAUUACGUUCAAUGGCUUUGUUUCAUAAAGCAUGUGUGGAGAUUGAUGAAGAAGGCGCUGAAGCUGCUGCUGCCACUUUUACACUCAGUGGUGGUUGUGGGAUAUAUGAGCCUCCUAAGAGGAUAGAUUUUGUGGCAGAUCAUCCAUUUUUGUUCUUUAUUCGGGAAGACAAAACUGGAACUGUUUUGUUUGCUGGUCAGAUCUUUGAUCCUUCCAAAAAAUCUGCUUAGGCUUUCGCUUUAGUUACAAGUUAUGACCGGAUAAGUUGAAUUACGUUUGAGCUUCAUGUUCAAUCUUGAAUUUAUGAAUCAACUGAUUCAUAUUUAUGUAUUUGGUUAUCCAAAAAAAUUCCAUUAAUCGCAUGGUUUUAUACUUUGUUUUUUAUAAAUU